UACUGGUGUAUUUUGCAUAUCAAUCAAUGAAGCAAGAGAGACGACAGACCUAGAAAUGCCUGACUUGAGAAACACAUUUGUUAUCAAGGCGGAUAGCGGGAAUGAGUGGGUAGUUGAGGCUCAGGAUCAGGAAGACAUGAAAACAUGGCUUACUACCAUUGUAGCUUACUGCUGCUCAAAUGAAAAAGAACAGUCAAAGAAUUAUGAACUGCGGCCUGCAAUGUACAGCGUGAAGAAUGAGUCUUCACAGUCCCUAUCAGCUGCAGUCCCUGGAGGUGGAGGGGGAGGAGGAGGAAGUGGAGGAGGGGGAGGGGGAGGAGGAGGAAGCGGAGGUGGAGGAGGAGGUGGCAGUGGUGGUGGCAGUGGUGGAGGAGGGGAGACUGCAGAGGCCCGACCAGAGCACCCACCAGACUUGCCUCCCAGAAUUCCAGGCACUACCUCACCCAUCUCACAGCAGGCAGGAAAACUUUUUUUAUUUUAUCAGUAUAGAUGCUGUUAUAAUUUUUUGUAUUGUAGUCUUCCUCUUAUGACUUAUUCUUUGAUAUUCUUUAUAGGAAAAUAUCAGUAUACCAAAACCCCAUAUCAUGCUUUGUUGUACUGUACCAUAAUAGCCCUUUACUUCAUUAUGCAACAGUUCUUCUAA